UCAUUCUCCGUUUUGAACCGAAAGCCCAACGAACGGCAUGAGCGGGUCCGUCAUGAACGCGUGCAGCUGCAAGAAGCGAAAGUGCCCUCGAUGCUGCGAGCAAAUGCUUGUCCAGAACUUGUUCAAGGUGCUUGUCAAGCUCCCCGAGAAGAGCAUUGAGUUUCGAUGUGUCCGAGCGCUUCUCAGCGGCAGCUUCACCAACAUCAACCUGAACUCGACCUUGGCAUCGUGUGGGUACACGGUGAACAUUGCCCCCCACAGCUACGCAGCUGGUCGCCGUGACUUUACCCUGCUUGAAAAGGGUCAUGGCUUGCAAAAGAAUCCAAACUCCCCGUCUGGCCCUCGUCGCGGCCGUCGCGGUAUCUCGAAAGUGUUUCGCCAAGAAAUUGCGCGCUACUUUUCGCUCGGACAAGCGUUGGAUGCAGGCCAAUGUCUGCUCUGGUUGAAGGCUAACGUCUUGGAUGAAUCGACGUUUCCCACGGAAGAAGAGAUUCAUCGUGUCUUGACCAACUUGAGCCAACCCAAGAUCAAACGCGCGCCGGGCGAGGGCGAAGGCACGGAGCGCCGUGGUCGCAAGCCGAAUCCGUACCGCAGUCAAGUCACGAUGUUCCUCCUCAACAACAAGAACGCGAACCCGAACGAUUGCUAUCAGUGGCUCCUGCAAAACUACGUGAACCCGGACCUUCCGCAGCCCGACCUCAAGCAAAUCAAGACGCUGAUCAACAACAUUAAGUCGAACCCGAACUUCCGAUCGCAAGCCAUGUACUAACCAACUCAUUCUAUUUUCCUUUGGUCUUUCCAUGUUGCGUGAGUGUCCUUUUAUGAUCGACUUCCGCGUGGUUCUUUCACCACCGCGUGUACUGUCCCCCCGUCGUGCUGUUGCUAUUUAUUGCCCGUCUGGACGAUUCAUGGGGCGAAGGCGCAGCGAUGAGAGAUAAGAUUCCGGAAGAUAUUUUCGCCUGUGUAUAGUCGGCGUCCUGUUGCGUGCCUUCAACGUGCGCGCGAGCAUCGUGGGUUUUGCGCAGACAAGUGCAUCCUGCUCCAUGUUGUGG